AUGUGGAAGUGCCGGCCCAGACAGCGAGACCUGUGCGGAGACGCCACACAUCGAGGGUCUAUGUACGGCGAAGAGGGCCCAGGCAAGCAAGAGAUUGGAGGUGAAGCCAAGCAGCUUCUCCGGCCCCACUACCUGUGCAACGUGCUGCUGUCGCUCACUUUCAUCGUGGCCAAGUCGGUGCCAGUAAUCUGCGAGUCGCUCUUCACCUACGAAGAUGUGUGCGAGAUCGACUCCCGCGAGCGCGAGAUCUUGAUGUUCCUCGCCGUCGUGAUCGUUUGGAAGGGCCGGAAAGCCACCAAUUGGCUGCACUACAUUUCGAACGUUUUCCUCUUCUCAAAGAUUGCCAGCGGGAUGCUGUUUCUGCGCGCUGACCCGCUGCUCGGCAUCGUCUACGUUUUCCUGGUGCUCGUGCUGGCCGUCGUUUUCCCGGAGCCGAUGUACGAUGGUCCUGAAAACAUCACCUAUUUCCAGGGCGAAGGCCUCUUUCGCGAGCUCACCACAAACAAGAAGAACACCUGGAUCAUCAUGUUCUACACCACAUGGUCGCCCGACUGCCGCCACGUCAACCCGAUCUUCGCCGAGCUGUCGCAGCGCUUCGAGCUGGCCAACCUCAAGUUCGGCAAGCUGGACAUCGGGCGAUGGGCCGCCGAAGGGGAACGCUUCCGCGUCAACGCCCACCCAACCAGCCGGCAGCUGCCCACGAUUUGCGUGUUUGAAGAUGGAAAAGAGAUCCGGCGACGGCCGCUCGUCAACGACAAGCACCGCGCAAUCCCCUUCGUCUUCAACGUGGACAACUGCGUGCUCGAGUUCGACCUCAUCAACCUCUACAACAAGUGCAAAGACACCGCCAAGGGCAAGCAGCCGGCCGCCAAAAAGAACGAG